CCCUGCUGCUGUAGCCAUAGGCGCAGGCGGAAGAGCGUGUCGAGAGCUCGCCAACGACGUAGCGCUUACGUCGUACGUCCGUGUGCGCGCGCAGUCUUUGGCGUCUUUCUUUCGGACGAGAAAACCUGCGAGAAAUGCGUGAUGCUCGCUUUAUUUAUUUCCUUCCCUUCUCUCCCGUACCGCUCGCUCCGCGAACACAAACAGCUGUUCGCAAAUGCUGCGAUCGGUCAGUCGUGCCCGCGGACUCCCCGAGUGCGGGCGCCGAUAUUAUCGUUUCCUUCUCCGUGGUGAAAGCUCUGCCCGCGUCUGCGACGCAACGCCGACGUUCGAGGAGGACGCUGCCGUGGUGAACGCAGAAAAUGCGGGCCGAGGCCGCGGCUUACUUCCUCGCCUCUCGCGCCACCGACGAAGCCAUGCCCUUUCGCGAGGGCGAGGUGGUGGCGAGCCGACCUUGGGGGUCGUCUCGCGCCAAACCCGUUCAGCUGGUGGAUAACGUCGAUCACGUGAUUGGGCCAGCGGCGGCCUCCCCCGUUUGGAUGACUAAUGGAGGCUGCGGUGGAUACUACCACUGCAGGCAAUGCCAGAUGGGAGCGGUGAAUCGUCGAUCGCCGGAGGUGAUUGCUGCCCUCCUGACCCGUGAAGAGGGGCUGGCAGGCGGCCGCGUCAUGAACGGCCCCGAAGGGGGCGGCCCUGCCGCCCCCGUCGCCUCGGGGGGCCAGCUGCCCUGGGCGCCCCCGCGACACAGCGUGCCCAAGCGCAAGAUGGCCGUCGUGCACGGCCCCCUGGUGCCGCGAAACGCGUCGCCCGGACAGGAGCUCAGGCCAUGCACCGAGAUGCUCCAGGGCGGACUGCUGGUCGCCGGAGACCUGGCCUCGCCCGCCAGGGACCCAGCGGCGACGUCAAGAGACCUUUUACUUCCCGGUGGAGCGUGCCGAGUUACGUCGCCGCACGAGUUUCACCGGCCUUCCAGGGAGCACCGAUCAUCGAGGGAUUCCCAAGACCUCCCGCUCAAGAUAGAUGUGGGUGCAACCUCCAGAGACUGUAAUCUCGCAUCGUCCCCCAGUGAAUUCUCUUUUCCUACGAGGGACCUCACCAGAGACGUCGUGAACUCUUCUUCCUCGUCGAGGCUCUCCCGUAGCGGCGGCGACUCGGUCCGUCCCAAGGGCUCGACGUCGUUGUCCGGUAAUGGCAAUAGCGGCAUCAUGAGUGCCUGCUCCUCGUCAUCCACAGUGACUCCCGUCGUUACUCCAGUGACCCCGCCCGUGGCGGUUACCGGUUGCAUUGGCGACGUGAACAUGCCUAGCACGGUGUACGGCUCCAGUCCAGGCCGCAAGCUGGAGGACACGCUGGCCGGCCUGAGGCUGGCGCCGCCGCGCGAGAGCGUGCUGGUUCGCGGUCCGGGACUGCCGUCCGCGACGACAAGGCCGCAGGUGACCAGUCCGCAGAUCCUCGAGCAGCACAUCAGCAAGAUCAUCUCCGAGAACGCUGCCAUAGUGGAGACACUAGAUCCGCUGUGGACCAAGCGCUACAUGCGCCACAACAGCACUACGAGCAGUAACGGUUCUUCCACGAGCAGCGGCUUCGGCAGUAGCGACUCGUCACGAAGCGGAAGCAUCGGCAGCAGCACAGGCAGUAGUUCGCGAAAGUGGAGCCUUGACCCUUCCUCGAUAGGGAUGCGCGGUCGCUCGAAUCCCCGCAGGGUCUCCGAGAGCGCCCUGGUGCGUGCGACGACGUCUUCAUCUUCGUCGGCGGUACUCGCAGCGUCUCCUGCGUCUCCGGCCGUCACUUCGGUGGCAUCUGUUGUCACUGCAUCGGUGUCGUCGCCCCCGGACACCCCCGAUGGCAGCAUCAUCCGUGACUUGCUGCUGCGCCACCGAGGUGAAGGCGGCGGUGCCGCCGAGGGUGCCGCGUGCCCAAAGUGCGGAAUCUGGUUCCGUAGCGCGGCCACCCUGGAGGUGCACCUCGAGCACUACUGCAAGGCGCCCAACCCGCCGCCCAAGAAGCGCAAGAUAUCGGAACCCGUGCUUUCGUCACAUCACUCGGCUGCGACGUCGCGCUUCACGUUUCCCUCUGUGUCGACGCGGGCCGCCGACGACAUGAUAACCGGGCGGGUCGCUGGCAGUUCCGCUGUCGCUGGCGGAAGCUGCAGGAGCAACAGUGUCGCCUCAUUUCUGCCUGGUCCGUCGAGCUUCGACAACAAGGCACCACCAUCGCUGCAGGGACCACCGCAAACCGUCACGUCGGUGCCACUCUCGGCACAGGCGUUUCCACCUCUCCCGCCCCUAGUGGCAUCCUCUCCGCCUGCGUUGUCGCCUCCGGUCCAGACGUCUGUGCCCGUGGUGACAAGCUCGGCGGCCAUUCAGGUGACCAGCAGCCUUCUGGCACCGCCCCUCCGAGCGAACAGGCCCACGUCGCUCGCCCUAGGUGGUGGGGCGUCGACCCUGGUCGGCUCCACUCUCGUCAGCCCUGAGACACCUCGGCCCAAGAAGACGUGUCAGCAGUUGUACAUUAAUGGCCACGCGUACACCUACUUGGGACUCAAGUGCUCCACGCGCUCCACCUACUGCUGCAUCUACCGGCCGCAGCCCAUGUACGUGGCGCAGGAGGCGGCGCCCCCGGGGCUCUCCAUGUACUCUGAUUGGCGCGUGGUGCCCGUCCCCGACCCUGUGCCUGGCGCGACGCACGUGCAUCUGCUAACGCACUACGACUCGCGCCAGUGGCUUCACACGGGUGCCAGUCGCGCCACUAUGAGUCCCUGUGGGGCGACAGCACCCUUGGUGACCCACUCCAGUUACUGGCUCUACCGCAGCCGCGCACCGUCUAAGGAAUCACCAAGCGAGGCUACGGCUAUGGAGUCUGAGACAAGUGCUACAUCUCCGCAAGCGGGCGCUGCCUUGGACGACGAACCCAUGUCAUCGGAGGCACCGGCGGCAGAAGAGCCAAUGAUGCAGGCUAAUCCAGAUGCCUGUGUGGCGGCUGUAGAGCCUCCUCAGGUGGUGCAACCAGUUGUGCCUUCAGUACCAGCACCAGCCACGCCUCAGGUGGCGCCACUGCUGCCACCCACACUACCCCCUCUACCAGUGCCUCCUGCUGCAACAGUGCCAAUGGCAGCACCAUCCGAGGGUCCGGACAGUCCAAUGCAAACGGAUCAGCUGGCGGUGUCGAAGGAGGAUGUUGUGGCUGCUGCGCCCGAUGGAAACGGAACCAGCGGCAGCCCGAAACGAGUCCGUAUCUUUGAAGGGGGCUUCAAGUCCAACGAGGCGUACACAUACGUGCGCGGUCGUGGGCGUGGCAAGUACGUCUGCGAGGAGUGUGGCAUUCGCUGUAAGAAGCCGUCGAUGCUCAAGAAGCACAUCAGGACGCACACGGACUUGCGGCCUUUCUCCUGCCACCACUGCUGCUUUGCCUUCAAGACCAAGGGCAACCUGACUAAGCACAUGAAGUCCAAAGCUCACCACAAGAAGUGCACCGAGCUGGGCAUUCUCCCGGUGCCCACCACGGUGGACGACUCAACCCAAGUGGACCCAGACACCCUCGCGCGACAAGAGCAGCAGCAGCGGGAACGGCCCACUUCAGAGGACGACGAAGAGGAGGAAGAGGAGGAGGAAGAAGAGGAAGAAGAUGAUGAGGAAGAGGAGGAAGACGAAGAGGAGGAAGAGGAUGACGAAGGAACGCCCAUUGGCCUGUUGGCCAUGGCAGCACCGUCGGCACUGCCACAGCCUCUACCCAGUGGCCCUCCUCCACCAAACAUUGCCUGCAACAUCCCAGUGAUCACGCUGACUGGACCACCGGACAGCGGCUCGUCACUGGCGCCUCAACCGAUCGCAGUCAUCACGACCACCUGCCAAGUCUCCGAAGAGCAAGAAGCCGCGCGUAGCCUCCUGCACCUAUCCGCUCACGUUCCUGAUGGUGGUGCCACGUGGCCAGGCGAUGGGGGACCGGCGAUGCCUCCCGCUUCGAGAUCUUCUCCGAUCUCUAUUGGGGCCAGCAGUGGUCCAAUGGUCGGACCAUCCACGUUUGUCGGCAGAGCCGUGUCCUCCGGCAACGUGGGAGCCUCCGCCGAGCUCACCGUGCCGGAAGCUGGCUCGUGGCCGCAGGGCGGCCUUCCGUGGUUAGGCAGCCCUCCCGCAGGGCACAGGCCUCGCUCUUUCUCCAUGGAGAUGCACGAGAGAGCCGCCGGCAUUGCCGAGGCGGAACCGACCCGGCGCUACUCCAUGUCGUCGCUUGGCCGGCACCCUGACGAGGGUCCCAUGGACCUGAGCACGGCCAGGCAGCGGCGCCUGGAGAUCCUUCCGGGUGGCUACGUCUCGGGCCACAACGUGCGCUCGUAUGCCCGCGAAGGUGGCCUUCUGGGAGCUUGCCUGGAACUUGGAGGCCCCGGAUCAGCCGGCGUCCCACCCCAUCCUCAGGGGGUGCCAAUGGUGGCACCGAGCAGCGAAGCCCUCGUGUCUGCCACAAGCGGCGGCGAGGAAGGCCGCUGUGGGAUCUGCCACAAGAGCUUCACCAAGGCCAGUCAACUGCGAAUGCACGUCAACAUCCACUACUUCGAGCGGCCAUUCCGGUGCGAGGCUUGUGCCGUGUCGUUCCGGACUCGGGGGCACUUGCAGAAGCACCGACGAUCGGUGGGCCACUACAACCGGCUCAACAUGAACCUAGCAUUUGGUGCCCCGUCGGCGGACAACCCGCGGCCGUUCAAGUGUGCGGACUGCCAAAUUGCAUUCCGCAUUCAUGGCCACUUGGCCAAGCACCUGCGCUCCAAGAUGCACAUCCUGAAACUGGAGUGCCUGGGCAAACUGCCUUUUGGCAUGUACGCCGAGAUGGAGCGCUCGGGCGUCAACCUCAACGAGAUUGACACCUCUGAUUGUGACAACUCACUCGAGAGCCUGCAGGUGAUGGCACAAAAGCUGUACCAGCAUGGCGAACCUUCCUUGGCAUCGCCAGUGGGCGUUGCGGACCCUAUCAGCCCGUUGAGGGUGGGCGGGGCCAGCAGCCCACUGCCCGUCAUCGAGGCACCGCCCCCUCCCUCCUCCUGGGAGAGUGGGGCGCUGCGGCCCUGCCACCUGUGCGGCCGCCUCCUGAAAAGCGCCAAGUCGCUUCAGGUGCACCUGCACUGCGACCACCCGUCGGGUGCGGAGCUCCAGGAGCAGGACGAAGAGGUGGCCUCCACCAUCACCCAGGUCCACUCUCCUCCCCUCGCCACUCCCUGGCUCUGCUCCAUCUGCCAGAAGGCAUUCCCAUCGCAAGCACUGCUUCAACAGCACUUUGUGUCGCACACACAACCAAGGCCAUAUGUGUGUGACCAGUGUGACGCAGGCUUCACUUCAGCUCUGCUGCUGACCAAUCACGUUGCAAACAGCCACCCCAUGGCAGCUGACAGCAACAUCCUUCCACCUCGAGUGCCCCUCGUCCAGAGCCCCGUCUUGUCCACCGUAUGAGCACCGCCUCGUGUUAGCACAGACAUUUACCACCUCGAGGCGCAAAAUAAAGAGACGACGACACAAGCUCAAGAUGAAAGUGGGCGAUUCAUCUGCAACUGGUUUCGUUUCCCAGCGCCGUCUGUUGUGUUGCCUGGUCCAACUCGAAAUACAGACUGUGCAGUGGUGGAUGUAAAGCAACAUCACCAUUUCCCUCAGUGUGUUGACUGCGCAAACAGAAUUGUUCACUCGUAGGGCGAACGUGGCUCAGUGCUACAGCACAUUGAAGCGAAGUGUGGUCAUGCCAAAUGCACUAGCGAUAAGUGGAAAGCAGCUACGCUUAGCCAUGUUCACCCCACGAUUGGACGAUUGUGUAUGUGUCCUCCCGAAGAUCCCAACUUGAAUUGCGGCGCUUAUUCAGUGCGUCACGUCAUGCUACGAUGGACAGCGUGCUUAGUGACGCAGGCACAUCGACAGUAUAUCUAUCACUGGUGUUUACAUGGCCUGCUUUUUCAUUUGCAAGCAUCAAUUUCCUUGGCAGUGCACCAUUUCAGCAAAGGGGCAUGCGUCUAUGCAUGUCUCGCAUACUUGUCGUUAUUCCUUGGCACAUAUUGGCUGGCUCAUCUGGGGGGUCUUGUGCACCAUCACUUUGCGUCGUCAAAACAUCUUGCACCAUGAUGCUGUGCAUUGCCCUGCCAGCAAUAGGCCAAAUGUAACACUUAGUAGGUGAAGGACCAUCGCGCUGCCAGCGCUACUUAGGGGAGGCUCGCAGACACGGUGGUUUGUUUGGUGUUCAACCGGGCCAUUAUUGAUGAACACUUCAAAAGACAAAGUGCCUGCACUUUUCUGAAGUGCAGAGAGUAUCCCGGUGUGACAGUGGUAGACGAGUGCCACUGUGAUAUUUGCAGGGUUCGAGUUCCCUGUACUCAAAGCGUAUUGUGGCAUGUCCACUUUCGAUUUAAGGCUUAACGAAUCACAAGAUUGUCCAUGCAUUUUUUUGCACCGCAAAUUGCGUGUAGCGUCUUUCUCACGUUUCCGUGCGCACCACUUCUGAGGGCAGGGAAGAACGAGCCUUUGGUGCCCUUGGCACGGAACUGGGGUUGUGUUUGCCAAGCAGCAGGUAGUCGCCAUCUGAAGUGUGGACAAUGUGUUAUGUAAAAAAAAAAAAAUACUGCCCACUGUGUCUGUAUGCUUUGUUUCUCAUGUGGGAGAUUUGCCCGGUGCCUAAAUGUGUUGCAUCAACACGGGACUGCUGCGGUUCAUGACAGACUGUGUUUCCUGGCGUGCCAUUGGGAGGUCCAGGCACACCACUUUUUAUUUUUUUUUCAGUGUUGCCACCCCUGUACAGUGUUUGUUGUCUUUUUUUUUUUUGCUGUCAGUGCAACAUGCAGAUGCCUUGCAUUUGGACUUACAGUUUUACACUAGUCCCCAAAUGUGGCACGCGUCUGCCCCCCAGAGCCUUGUUUUAAGUUUUUAAGGCAGUCUUGGGGUCCAAUGGCAUGCCCCAUUGCUGUGUACAGAGUGUUACAGUGUUGUUUUGCUCGUUUCUCAUGGAAAAGUGUGUUUUACAUUUCGACAAUGGAGUCUGUGUUGGCGCACCUGCUGCAAUUUUCGUCCCCAUGCGUCCUACGUUUAGUGGACCACAAAUGCCUUUCUUCUAUUUCUAUUUUUCGUAAAUCAACCUGUUUUCCAAUUUUUUGCAUCUUUAUGGCCAUGUGUUGGCAUUCUUUAUGGUUACGUGCUGUACUUGAAAACGUUACUGAUCUUUCUGGCCUUUUCUGUGUGCGACCACACUGGCUUCAUUCAAUAUGUUGCUUAGGCCUUCUUGGGACAUUGUUGCUAUGGUGACCGAGUACGAGUAUUUGCUAUUGUGUGUUGUCCUCAUGUAUUACAUUGCGCAUUGUUGCGAUUCAUGGGCUCAAGGAAGGAUCCAGAUGUUGUGCAAUGAGACGACGAGUCGCAGCACUUAUUGUUUUUGCACCAACGCUGAGUUUGUGAUUGAUCUAAGCACCUACUUUAUCGCUCGCACUUUGUGCAUUUGCUGUUACUAUCCGUGCUCCGUGCAAUCAGGCGAAAGAUUGUCUGGCUCACUGAUUGGAGAGCAGCCUUCGCUUGCAAGUGUUUAGAGUGGCCAUGUGUGGCUUCCUUUGAGAAAGCAGAGCUGCGGAACCAUUUUUUACUUGUUGCUAGUAGCGCCAUUUGUCAAACGUGAUCACGGGGUUGUAAAAAGCAAUAAAGCAAAAGACACUGCCGCUAAAGCACGGAUGAACAAAAAUGGAAGGAAGCGCCGAGCUGGAGAGAUUAGAGCGUGGAGCACUCCCUUGUCUUUCCAGCUCGGCGCUUAUUUCGAACCCAACGUCCAAAUAGCUGCUCUCGGAAAGUAUCUUUUGUUUUUCUUUUCCGCAUCUCAAAAAAAGUGCAUGAUAGACACCUUUUCCUUCCAUAUUUUAAAUUGGUUCAGGGUUGUCAGUCGGCCAUUUGCUUCAGGGUUGUCAGUCGGCCAUUUAGGUAAGUAGCGUCAACAAACUGCAGAAUGGGUAACGCUACGUUAUGCCUUGGAACAAGCAAUUAUAUUUUCCAUUGGAUUGGAAGAGAUCGAGCAACUGCCCUCGUUGGCACUGCAAGCUUGUAUUGUUAAGUGUACCUCAACUGUUAAAGUAGAAGCGCAGGUCGAAAGCGAUGGUUCAGUUGUGUCGAGCCAGACUCGUGUGAUUGUGGUGUGUGGCUUUGCCUCAGAAUCUUGCUAGAAAGUAUUCUAUUCUACUAGAGUGCAACUGCACUUCCGCAUGGAGUAGGUGCACUUACCGUAAAAUCUCGAGUCACGGCGAAAGAAAAUCAAGAGAUUUCGAAAGGGGGGGGCGGGGCUUGUGCUCGGUUGUCCAUAAAAAAUCGUAAUAAUAAUUGUGGGGGUUUAACGUCCCAAAACCACCAUACGAUUAUGAGAGACCCCAUAGUGGAGGGCUCCGGAAAUUUCGACCACCAGGGGUUCUUUAACGUACCCCUAAAUCUUAGCACACGGCUCAAUUGAAAAUGAAGCCACUGCGGCCGGGAUGCCAUCCCGCUACCUGCGGGUAAGCAGUUGAGUGCCUUAGCCACUAGACCACCGUGGCGGAAGAACUUGGACUAGGAAGAAAGAAUGCACGCUCGUGCACGUAAUUAAAUGAUUUGUUAAAUUCGCAGGCAUUUGCUGUUUUUAUGUACCAUCUUCGGGAACAUAAAAUAUCGAAUGAAACAGUGAAAAUGGUGGGAGGGGUACGUGCUUGGUUAUUGGAGCAUAUUUAAAUUCUACUGAAAAAGGAAGGGGGCCACUUGCAUGGAUAGGGGCAGCUGCUGGGGCUAUUACGGUACUCCAAACACACCACUCUGUUCCAAUCAUUUGGUGCUAGUUUCGUCAUUACACAUAGAAGGAAUUCACCGAGUCUCAGUUGCCAUGGGUCAAGUUACGUCUGAGGUGACUGCUACGACACCACAUGCAGCACUACACCUUGUCAUAGUGAAGAUUGUUAUUAAUUUAUAAUUAUGUUUGCAGACACUGCUAACUGAAGCACGUGUUUAACGAAUGACCCAUUGCCCUUUUUGAUGUUGCUUUGCAUGCGUGCGCUUUGUUCGCCCAGUGAAGUUGGAGAAAGAAUUUUUUAGUUGGUGACCGUCGAGAAAGUAGAAAUGGUGCUGCCACAGGCAACAAAAAGAAACGCGUUCAUUGGUGGGCUCAUCUCCUCCUCCAUUUCUCAGUGGCCUUUCUCUACACCCCAUUGUUCGUUGCUUUUGGAGCUUAGUGGUAGUCCUAUCCUAACUGCAAUCAAAAUGUGUAUCACUUGUUUGCGAUACCCGACCAGAUGUGUUCAAACGCGCCUUUUGUGGGUCGUGUGGCAAAUUUAAGCAUCUCAAAGGGUUGCUGCCACUAAAGACCCAAGGUCACUGCCGUACUUGCUGUAACUCGCAUGUUUCGCUCGUGCGUGUCAUGUGUAGGCCAGUGUUGUGUUUGGAAAGUUCUUAGGUUUGCUGUGGUAUGGUUAGUACUUGAAUGACAUGUGUAAGGACGUUUGAUUUGUGUUGCUGUACACAUUGGUAUGUGCUCAAGUGUGCGUGUGACAAGAAAAGUGGUUGAUGUAACACCUAGUGCACUUGACUGCGAAGUGGGGUGAACAUAUAUGUCAGCAACGGUAGUCGCUUACAAGUCAGUUAACAUGUUCUAUGCAGCAAGCGCUCCAUGAACCUCUCCAAAACAUUUCCCUGAUAUUUCGCACAGUUUAUCAUUCUAGGAAAGCUAUUUGCUCGCAGUUUGUCCAUGAAAAUUGGUUGAAUUGAAAAUAGCGAUUUCUGGUGAUAAGAACUUACCUGUAAGUUAGAUCAACUCUAGUACAUCUGAUGAGUCUCGCAUGAGAGUUGCUCAGCUCUCGUCGUGGAUGGAGAUGCGUGUGUUGCCCGCUGCCAAUGUUUUGUGAGUGCGUAGCCUGAAAGCCGUGAACACGUGUUGAGCGUGAACCAAUGUUGUGUGAAGUGGGGCUUUUGACAGAUCGAUUCGUCAUGUGUUGGAGCUUGUGAUGCUGGUACAGAUGUGGAGAUGCGCUAUGCGUUUCUGUGGUCUCCUACGAACCUUGGUAUUGUCUUGAUGCGAGGCGUGUGCAUAGGCUGAUGCGUGAAGAAAGAGACUGCACAAUUCUUGUGCUGCUAGUUUGCUUCCUGUGAAGGAUCCAGGCGCGUCCAAUGCAUUUAGAGUUGCCGAAACAGAUUGUGCACAAUAUUCGAGGCAGGCUUGUUUCCUGUUACAAAUGCCACAUGGUCAUUGCUGGUCGUACAUUUCAACUUUUUGAGAUGGGCUUGGGUCAUGCCACCGUUUUACAUGUUGAAACACUGUUACACAGUUUCUUUUCAAGAUUUUAUUAGCUCUUUUAAACCGCAAAUAUUAUUUUUUUUGAUAAAGUUACAAAUCCUUGAAAAAGGACACCACCAUUCACAUUCUUUUUUGUAUGUCGCCAUUCUGGUUUUCACUUCAGCAAUCUUCUACUGAGAUGGCAUAGUCAAUAAGCACAACAUGUAUGCAGUCAUGUCUAAUUGUGCACAAUUUAUUUACUGGUAAGGCAGUGUUUUCUGUAUUACCAGGUCUGAAUGUAGGUUUUUUUUUUUUAGAAUAGAGUACAGAGAUACCUUAGUGCUUGUUUGAAACAUGUGCCAUAAAAUAAGUACAAUAAUCAGGGAUUAUAUAAUCAAUGCCUGUCAGGAACAUGCCAGUUAUUAUAUGAGAAGCUACUCUAUAUCAUUUUAAGCUGUGCAGCAUCGUUUUCAGAGCUCAUAGUAAUAAGAAGUCAGAGUUCCUUCCGUGAGCACUUGGAAUGGUACGUUGCAGAAAUUAUCGAUCUUCAUCAUUGCAUGCAGAUGUGUUGCAUCUCACAUAGCUCAGUCAAAGUGUGGCUGUAGUGCUAGCAAUGCGAAGAUUACUGAACUAGUUUGCUUCCCUCUGACAGUGACCCCUUGAAAUUAAAUCCUGUUUAAUAGUCGAUUUGGGCUAGUUACAGAUGAGGAAUUUUUAGCCAUGAUUAAAAGCGUGCUUGAUGAGUCUGAGAAAAAUAUAGCCGUGGUUUGCUAUGCAGGUCUGUGGCCUGAGCACUACGCAGCUGCAGUUCACGCAUGUUAGUUUUAACUAAGACAACUGUCUAGCUGUCAUAUUUCAUAGAAGUUUCCAAAGUGUUUGCGGCUCGCGGACAGAUUGCAGGUCUGUGGCCUGAGCACUACCCAGCUGCAGUUCACGCAUGUUAGUUUUAACUAAGACAACUGUCUAGCUGUCAUAUUUCAUAGAAGUUUCCAAAGUGUUUGCGGCUCGCGGACAGUUUAGUUGUAGAGCUUACGUUCGCUGCGAUUGUUGAGAUCCUAGCUGUCGACUGCAAGAGUGUGUGCACUGUUGUCAUGGCACAAAAGUCGGGGGUUCUGAACACACAGGGUUGAUCCCUUGUCAGUUUCUAAGCCCACUCUGCCUUACAGGCACCAAGUUUUCAGUCUGCCAAGGGGCUGUUGCCCAGUUCGGACCCAACUCUUUAAAGAAGGGGGGAGGAGAUAGCCCCCCCUGAAAAUUCCAGGGGAAGAUGUUGACCUUUCUGACACCCUCGUCAGAGGCAACUGUGGUCUGUACGCAGUUUUCUUUUUAUCCUGCAACCAUUAACUUUCCAUGUCAGGCCGAGUUUUCACCAGACAAUACCAGCUGCAGUUUGUGUAAGCACCACGGGUUGGUUGGCUGUUGUGGUUGGCCUCACCAAAAAGGAAAUUCAGCCUGGUGGGUUCGUCACCAGCUGAUUGUGGUUGUGUUGCUGUUGCAUCUUUCAGUCUGUGUGUACGUGUGUGUUGCGUGAAGAUUUGUGGUUUGGCUUAUUACGCUAGGAGUGAAUGCGGCGCACAGUUCUUGGCUGUUGUUCAGACAGGGUAUAGAAUGGGAAUUCCCUAAAUCCUUGAUGUAUAGUUGGUUGUGGUGUGAUUGCUUUUUUGAAGAAGCCAAAUGUGGGUGUGGUGAACCACGAAACGGGCACGUUGCAAUAGCCUGUCUGUUACCUGCCACUGACAACCUUGUUUGAGUGUGUGUGGUACACCUGCUGAAAGCCUAAAUAGGCUGAAUUCACUGUUAACGCUACUGAUGGCUACGGCGUAAGUGGUGUGGGGAACAAUCAGGCAGUUAAACGGGCAACCCCUGGGGCUCCCUUCCCUGAAAGGCGACAGGCAUUUUCAACAUGAAAUGUAGCUUCACCAUAUGACGCUACCUGUUGUCAAACUGAAGUUUUCUUGCACAUUUAAUUUGCUCAUUGUUUUGCUCUUGGCGCUUUUUCAUCGGCUGCAUUUACGCACAUAUAGUUGUAUGCACAUAUAGUUCACACAUUAAUUGUCUCUGAGAAGUGUCGAACACAAGAACUCACAGCAGACCUAGCGUGAAGAGUCCGUUGCAAAAGAUGUCUGAAUUUCCUGCCACAUUACACAUACUGUGACUAAAAUUAGAAUUGUAUAAUUGCUGAUAAUGACUAAGCGGCUGCGUGUGUGCAACUGUGCGUAUCUGAACACGAAUUUAGUUGUUUUCGACGUCUCGCCAUAUAAGAAUGAAAGCUCCUAGAGAUUGUAGUUGAUUUAAUUUGUGCUAUAGUUCUGAGAAAUGAGAUUAGGAAGAUUGGCCAGAUAUAGUGGAAAUAAUCGUUGCGGUGUUUGUUGAAUGGUGUUAAAGAAAAUGUUGCUCACACAUUCGGCUACAUCCACUGACAACUGCAAGACUGUGGCUGUUUUCAGCCCAUCAUGGCGGAACGCUGUCUCAUACAGUUCCCCCCAAAGAAGUGACGCUGGCGUUUUUUUUCGUGAGCAAGUAAAAAAUGCUGUGCACAUCGGAGCCCCACAGGUGUAAUGCGUGCACCAUUCCAGAUAUCAGGUUGAGUGUUAUUCGUGAAAGCUGAACCUGCAGUGGUAACCGAACCAGAAUGCAAAUAUUUUCGGUGAAACAUUCUUGUGAUGUUUCGACUUCGUCGCAUCUUGCUUGCACAAUGUCAUACAUUCAUCGUGCCAGCUCUUUUAUGCCAUUUCAAUCAAAUGUAACACGUUUUUACCUGGUUAUAACGCGUCCUCCCUCAAUACCCCACCCCUUUUUCUCGAGCAAGUUGGUAAGAGAGCACAGCUUUUUUUUCUCCCCUCAUUGUCACGAGCUGUUAUGACUAUUUUAAUUUGUUAUUUGUUGGUUAUUGUUAGUUACUUUUUGACAUGCUCGAGCACGUUUACCUUUGCUGCCACGAGGAGGGAUGCUUUUAAAGCACAGAUUGCACUGAGAAUGUUUCUACACAUUGAAUUUGUCGCGUCUACGCCGACUGAACCGAGUGCCACAAUAUUUUAUUUUAUUUUAUUAUUUCUUGAAAGUGGGUUUGCGUGUGCACUUGGCUAGGUGCCCCAUUGAAACCGGUGAAAGUGUUGUCGAGAUCGCUUUGAUGCUGCAUUUUUAUUUGUUGUGUUAAAAAAAAAGUGAAUCAUGGCUGCUCGCGUUUUGGCAUAUGUAGCCAAGGCGGGACGGCUUCCGCAAAAACGUUCUCGAGUCGGGAAUGAAGCUGUUUGGUGUUGUGUAUACCAUGUCUGUUUGGCUACCCCUCCCACGAGCACAAAACGCAUGCUUUCGGGAAAGCGCCGUCACGGACAGAGAUGUCGCGUUUCAUUGUACAGAAAUAAAAAAAAUUACUAUUGUAAAGGGUUCCAGCACCACCUUCUACUCACUCACCCCGAAGCCAUGUAUUUUUUUUUUCCUUGGCCCGCCAUGUUCCAUGCUGAAAGUCUUGUACAUAAAGGGCCACCACACAUCGUUGAUCCUUUCCCUUCUGGCGUUUUUCUAUCAGCUCUGUUACUCGGCCCAAAAUGCAUUCAGCAGGGAUUCAUACGUGUCGGUCCGGGGUGUGUGCUUGUUUGUGGGGAACUGGGUACUUUUAUUUUUUAUUUUAUUUUUUGCUGUAAUGUUAUAUAGGCUGUUAGAGUACUAGGACCACCAAUAAAGACCUGUUUCUGCCUUUGGAAA